UUAAGUUUAACUGAACCAAUUGGUAAAAAAGCCAAUUCAAGUAACGGUUACACUGUUCCAUACGAAAUUCACGUUGCUAAAGCGAUAGGAGUUCAAUCAUGUUGAGAUAUGUCUAACACACUCGACAAAGACUUAUUGUCAAAAAUGGACAAUGUAAAUGUUGCUGGACACGAAAGCACAGAAAAUGACGAUGCCCAAUUAGCGAAUAACAUUGAGCAAGCGGAACCGACCACUAAUCGAGAUGCCAUAGGAACGGAAAAUAAGGUUGUACCUGAAUUUUACAACAAAGCACAAAAGUACUGGGCUGAGGUGCCAGCAACGGUUAAUGGAAUGCUCGGUGGCCUGGGCUACAUCAGUGCCAUCGAUAUACAAGGCUCCAAAAAUUUUCUGCGAGAAAUAAAAGUGCCGGGGAAAAAGUUGGCAUUGGAUUGUGGAGCUGGCAUCGGAAGAGUUUCACGUAAUCUCCUCAUGCCAUUGUUCGCUACUGUUGAUCUUGUCGAACAGGACACAGCAUUCACCGAGAAGGCACGCGAAUUAUGCACCUCGGAGGAGGGAGGUCGACAAAAUAGUUUGGGAGAAAUCUACAAUGUGGGUCUACAGGAGUUCUCGCCUUCGCACAAAUACGACCUCAUCUGGUGCCAGUGGGUCUUGGGUCACCUAACGGAUCAAGACUUGGUGGCAUUUUUUCGUCGCAUGCGUCUGAGCUUGGAGCCUGGUGCAUACUUUUGUAUGAAGGAAAAUGUCAGCACUUCGAAGACAAUAAUAAAGGAUGAUGAAGACUCAUCUGUCACGCGUCCUCUUGCGUUAUACGAGGAGUCCUUAAAGGAAGCUGGCUUUCGAAUUGUGAGAAAGGUGCGACAGCAAAACUUUCCGAAAGGCCUUUUCCCAGUGUACAUGAUCGCCUGUAGGCCAAGAACAUGACUGAAAUCUGUCUGGAAGAUGAACUAACGAAAGACUUGACAAAUGUGAAUAUCAAAAAGAAAGCACAAAAUAAAUCUUUAUUGCUUGAGUA